CGCCGGGCGCAGCGCUCCGAGUGGCGGGGCGGGGGUCGCCGCGAUGCCCCUGCACAAGUUCCCGGUGGGCUUGUGGAGGCGGCUCCGGCUGCGGGAGGGCGUCUGCGCCCGGCUGCCCGCGCACUACCUGCGCUCCCUGGAGGAGGCGCGGCCGCCCGCGCCCGUGCACUACCGGCCCUGCGGCGCCAAGUUCAAGAUCAACCCCAGGAGCGGGCAGCGGGAGCGCGUGGAGGACGUCCCGGUCCCCGUGCACUUCCCGCCGGAGUCGCAGCGGGGGCUGUGGGGCGGCGAGGGCUGGAUCCUGGGCUACAGAUACGUGGGCGACGACAAGCUCUCCAAGAGGGUGAGGAAGGUGUGGAAGCCCCAGCUGUUUCAGCGUGAGCUCUACAGCGAGAUCCUGGACAAGACGUUCACCGUGACGGUGACCAUGCGGACUCUGGAUCUCAUAGACGCCUACGGGUUCGACUUUUACAUCCUGAAGUCCCCAAAGGAGGACCUGUGCUCCAAGUUUGUGGACCUGAAGCGAGCCAUGCUGCUGAGACUCGCCCGGCAGGACCCCCAGCUGCACCCAGACGACCCCCAGCGCCGGGCGGCCAUCUACGACAAGUACAAGUGAGUUUGCCAUCCCAGAGGCCGAGCCGAGUGGGUCGGCCUGACGCUGCAGGAGGCUGUGGAGAAGCAGCGGCUGCUGGAAGAGAAGGACCCAGUUCCGCUGUUCAAGGUCUACGUGGAGGAGCUGGUUCGGCAGCUGCAGCAGCAGGUGCUGGCGGAGCCCGUGGUGAUGCGGAAGAGAGCCAGCAGCAAGUGACCCUCUUGGGCCGACCACCAGGCUCAGCAGUCUUGACCAGCCGUGUGUGCUGCGGGCUCAGAGCUGGGGUGACCGUGAGGGCCCCCUGUGGACAGUGGGAGCCCCUGGUCCUCAGGUGUGGCCACUCAGCCCCAGGCCGGUGCCUUUGUCUUAAGAGGUUCGGCGCCCGGCGGAGCCUUGCCCAGGCAGGGCCCCGUGGUCUGGGCAGCACCUGCCGGGCUUGUGGGGCUGGGGACGAGUAAAGUGUGAGCCGGGC